AUGUGCCCGAUCAUCGAAGAUCGAUACGCUCACACUCGUCUGAAGAGCCAUGAUCCAAACGGUCCUGAUUUCAAAGAAGUCAGUGGAUUGGCAAUCUCGCCGACACAAACUCACAAUGGUCGUCCCAUAUUCUUUGCAAUUAGUGAUGGAGGCGGCGAUUCCCGUAUUGGAAUCUUUGAUUCCGAAGAUGGACGACGACUUAGAACAUUGAGAGUUGACAGAGGUUUCUUUCGAAACGCCGAUUGGGAAUCACUGACGAUUGGAUCCUGUGGAAAGUCAGGCGAGGGGGAUACUUGCCUGUACGUUAUGGACGCUGGUGAUAACCAAGCUAGACAGAACAAUGGUAACAGAGGACGAGGCGACUAUCGCAUACUGAAAAUUCGCGAACCUCGAUGGACAGAUUACAACGACAACGACUACAUUUCAAAAAAUCGAAUGUCGAGAAUGGACUUUGACUACCGUCAUCACUCUUCACCGACUAACUACGCAGAUUGUGAAGCCAUGUUUGUGGAUCACAAAGGAUGGGGCAGUGGCGAAUCCAAAGGAGACAUUUAUUUGGCUACCAAAUGGGACAAGGGAAAUGAAAUAUCCAAGAACCGACUCUUUCAGUUACCUGCUUCUGCCUGGUCAAGUGGCUACGACGGUGCCGUUCACCGGUAUUCGGUCAAGUCUGUCGGCAAUUACGACUACAAUAGAUACCAACAGAAUGGAGGUAUCCAUUUUAUGAAGACAACAUGGUCAUCGGCAGAAAUGAGCUUUGAUGGAACCAUGAUUGCCUUGGGCAACUUGCAAAAAUCCUACGUCUUUUUGCGAUGCCCAGGCACCUCUGUGGCCGAUGCCAUUGCCAAUCCCCAUGCCAACGCCAAGCCUUGUGUGGAAUGGUCACAUCCAGCGACUGGACAAGUGGAAACCUUGGCAUGGACACCCGAUCGUCGGUAUACUUUGGAUAUUCCAGAAGGUGACUCACCAAAAAUGGGUUGGACCAAGCUGCGAUUUGACCGAAAUAGGUCGAGCAAAGUUUGUCCUGGACCACCUCCACCACCCACCCGACCUCCAACUCGAAGACCUACUCCUCAACCGACUCGAAAUCCUACUCCUCGGCCGACGCCUCGGCCGACACCCAAUCCAACUGGACUGCCAUCAAUCAGUCCGACAAAAGCACCCACCACGACACCAAGCUUGAGUCCAACUCGACUGCCAUCAAUCAGUCCGUCAGAAGUACCCUCUCUGACGCCGAGCAUGAGCCCAAGUCUGAGUUCCAGCCCGACAUCUUGUGAUGGACACAUUUUUGAACUGAUACUGCAAACUGAUGACCAGGCAGCAACCACUCAGUGGAAAGUGUACAAUGGUGUUGAAGAAUUGGUGGGUGAAGGUGGCGGCUACUCCAACCGUGCCACCAUUUUUUACUCCCAAUGUCUCGAACCUGGAUUGCAUUCCUUUGAAAUUUCCAACGAAAUGGUCGACGGAGUUCCAGGAUUGUACCAAAUCUGGUAUGACAAGAUUCUCAUGUACGAUUCCCAAGGCCAAUCUGGAAGCUACAAGGAAAUUUUUUUUGCUUACGAAUUUGACGACCAGUCCUGGGUGCCCAAGACACCCACUCCAACUCAAGCUCCUACGCUAACUACCGAAAAUGAAAUCUUUGGAGUCUCCUGUGGAGGCAUUUGUCCUGGCAGCUUUAGUCAGGUCGCCAAUGCCCAACAAGUUGUUUCCCUUGGCAGAAAUGCUGGCACGGAAUACUUUUGUGGCAGUCUCGACAAGCGAUACCAGCAGCUCUUUUCCACUCCUGAUGCAUGCGAAGCUCUUCAAGUAUCGGCGCAACGAGCCGGAUGUGAGUGCGAAGUAGUUGGUCAAGUGACCAACAGUGCCACGGCAGGACAACAAGCCAGCAGGGAAGCCGAGAAUGAAUCCCAAUCAUUGGAAAUCCAAUGGGGAUUGAUUCUUGGGAUAAUCGCUGCUGUAUGUUGUCUUGGAACGUGCUGCUUCAAGUACACUGGAAGGCGCCGUAACUCGGAAGAAUCCGACAACCUCAAGGGUGAUGCCAACGAAAAGGCCCGCGAUGUGGAAUCUGUGGACGAAACCGGACGCAUCUCCAUCAGUGACGAUUCCACUACAAAUUCGGCAUCGGAUGAAUCUGGUGAAAUGAGCGACAUCAACGAUAAGAGCCUACCACUGCCUCUUCAAAGAGUAAAGUCCGCCUUUGCUGUUGUUCAAAACCAUGGUCACCAGUUGCUUCCUCUGCGAAGAGUCAAGACCGCCAUGGAUUCUUCUGUCGUUCACGAGAACGAUGGCCAAAGAUUGCUACCCGUUCGAAGAGUCCAGUCUUCCAUGGAGCAUCGAUUUGUGCAAUCUUGGCAAUUGGCCAUGCCCGAAGGGAACACUGAGCACAGUGAAGAAGGCUUUGAAGUCUGCUCCGACGAUCAAUGUGCCAAGGGCAAAAUGUUGGACUUGAAUUCGCCAUCAUCUGUCGAUGACUCUUUGGAAUCCCUGGAGCUACCAAAAUUCGAUCGUAGCUUCGAAUCGAAUCGAUCCAAUUGCAGUGACGAAUCUGCAACCAUCAUGUCUGCAUGA